AUGUCGUGGAGAACAGAGGAACAAUGGAGACGACCUUAUGGUGCCUCCCGCCAAAUCGUUGCUGAUACUCAAGAGGGAAGAGCCAUUAAUUACAAUAUCCAUGCACAAAAUUAUCGGAGACCAUAUAUGACGUCCGAAACGCAAUUUAACGAUCUGAGUACCAGCUACAGUCGAGUCCGAAACGUAUCUCGUACCUCCCAGGUUGAGAUGAAUUGGCACGAUGGACGCUACGAGAUGGAGACGCUAUGUAAUCCAGAAGAAGAGACACAGGGAAAGAGGAGCGGGUUAAGUAAACCUUUUUUUGAGGCUCAGCAUUUGAGUGACAUAGCCUCACUAUCGACAACUAAUCAUGAUGGUGAGACUGAAAGAGAGAAUUCUUGUCGAGUGACUUGGUGUAAGUUAACAAGGAAACGGUAUGGAUUGUGCUGGGCACAUGGUGGAGGUACGAUGUGUAUUACUACUAAAUAUGCUACAGAGAAGAAAAGUAGAAUCUCAUUCUUAAUGUUCUUAGUCCAAAAGUGCUGCCAUCGCAACUGUUCGAAGAUAGCAACAGACACAAGCGAUUUCUGCUCCAUCCACAUUCUUCACCGCACACAUUCGCGAUAG